AUGAGAGUGGAGAAUGGAAAAACCUAUAGCUUCUGGUGGGAUAAUUGGUCUCCUUUCGGCAAACUGCAGGACUUUAUUGUGUCUGCCAACGGAUCAAGGAUGGGUAUUCCUCUAGAGGCAACUCUGGAUGACUUGUAUCGUGAUGGUCUCUGGAGAUUGCCACCUGCACGUUCAGAUAACCAAGUUCUGGUUCAAGCUCAUCUCACGAUGCUCAACUUAACAACAAAUGAGGAUUACUAUGAAUGGGAGAUAAAUAACUUAACUCUGCAUCUGUAUCCGACAGGUUUAAUAUACGAUAUUCUAAGGAAUCUUUCGCCUCAAGUGACCUGGUGGAAGAUCUGGAACUCGAUCGCUCAGAGAUGCAGGUUCAACUCACCUCGUACUUGGAUGUUGUGCUUACUAGCUAUGCAAAACCUCUCAGGAUCAAAGGAAUCGUAUCUCAAGCCUUCGUUCUUCAAACCAAGUGUUUCACUCAGAAAUGAUGCAACAUUGGUUUUCUACAGCCCCGGAUUAUAUCCAUGUGAUCGUAGAAAAAGCAUAAGUACCUAUCGCACUUGUUUCUCAGAGAUCGACUUUACAAUGAUAGAGAGUGAUGAAGAUGCUCUAUGGCAAGCCGAGGAAAGGGAAAACCUAGAAGAGGUUUCCACUAGAGGCCUUAUCUUUGUCAAACGGUUAUGGGAGAGACCAGAGAAAGAAAUCGCAGUUGUUAGCCAUGGGAUUUUCUUGCAGCAGACACUUCGUGCGCUGCAUGUAAAUCUAAUCAGUAUUUUAUUUAUUUAA